AUGUCCCAAAAUAAUAAUAAGCAGGCUCUUAACGUUAAAGAUGCUUUGUCAUAUCUUGAUCAGGUGAAGGUGCAAUUCUCAGAACAGCCGGAUGUGUAUAAUAGGUUCCUUGAUAUAAUGAAAGACUUUAAAAGUCAGGCUAUAGACACGCCCGGCGUCAUUGAGCGAGUAUCGUCUCUUUUCAAAGGGCAUCCUGCUUUGAUACAAGGAUUCAAUACAUUUUUACCUCCCGGGUAUCAUAUUGAGUGUUCAACCAAUCCUCAUGAUCCUGAUUCCAUCCGUGUUACGACACCUAGCGGGACUACAACAACCUCAAUUGGUCCCAUGGAUCCACACCAUGGACCGACACUUUCUACUGUAUCCAAUAUUACAAGUUCAGGAUAUUAUUCAAAUGCUAGCUACCCACACCCUCCACCUCAUUCUUUAAUGCCAACUUUGCAACCGCAUCCUCCGGGUUCUUCUAUGCCAAUACAAACAGUUUCUUAUCGUAUUGGUUCUCCUCAGCAAUCUGUAGGACAAUCGGUGGCUCAACAAACUAUUGCACAGGCAGUGCAGUCUGUGGGACUUGGUGUUGCUGAAAAUACUUCUCCUCAGCAACAAGGUAAAAAGGCACCUGUCGAAUUCAAUCAUGCUAUCAACUACGUAAAUAAGAUUAAAACCGAUGAUGAAAAUUUUUUUGCGUUUAAGAAUCGUUUUUCGACAGAGCCGGACACUUAUAAACAGUUCCUAGAAAUCUUACAAACAUACCAGAAGGAACAAAAGCCAAUCCAGGAGGUUUACUCCCAAGUUCAAGUACUUUUUAAAAAUGCGCCAGAUCUUCUGGACGAAUUCAAACAGUUUUUACCUGAUACAUCCGGUAAUGUAGCGUCAGGUGGUUUAUUUGGACCCAUUCUUCAAAAUCAUGGUACGCCAAAACAGUCACAUUUAUUACCUGCCAUUUCAGCGAUUGCUAAUAGUGGCUCCGGUCAUGGAGCCACUAGAUUGCCAUCUGUCGGUAAUUUCUCGUCACAAUCAUCUGUUAACUUAUCGGUAAACGAUACAUUCAAGAAGGGUUCGGGCAUUGGAUCGACGAACAAUGGUUUGGGGUCUGUGGUUGGACCAAAUUCUACUGGUUCCUCCAGUGUAAACAAGAAAAAAAGGACCGGACUUCCCAACUCGGAUCGAAGUCCUAGCUUGAUAUCUAGCAAGCCAAAGAAAUCAAAGUUAUCUCACAAGCCUUCAGGUGAUCAGGUUCAUGCAAGCUCAUCAUCAAUACCAGUUAAACUUGAGUCACAAAAAGCAAUGGAGCCACAGCCUUUGGCAUCUACCGAAGAAUUAGAAUUCUUUGAAAAAGCCAAGAAGUACAUUUCAAAUAAGCACAGCUAUAACGAAUUCCUUAAGCUCCUAAACUUGUAUAGUCAAGAAAUUUUGGAUGGCCAAUCUUUGCUCAAGUAUAUGGCACCUUUUUUGGGGGGAACGAGCUCCGACUUAUAUGCUUGGUUAAAACAGUUCCUUAAAUUAAACGAAAGAGACGAGAUCGUUCAAAAUACCGCUAAUUCCAGACCACGUGUUGAUUUGGAAGGAUGCAUUUCAUACGGACCAAGUUACCGACAGUUACCUGAAUCAGAGGCUAACAUGCCUUGUUCUGGUAGAGACGAACUGUGUUAUGAGGUACUAAAUGAUAAAUGGGUAUCGCAUCCCACAUGGGCCAGCGAAGAGGCCGGAUUCGUAUCACAUAAGAAGAAUCAAUUCGAAGAAGCUUUACAUAAAUGUGAAGAGGAAAGAUAUGAAUAUGAUAUGUUUAUUGAAGCCAAUCUUCAUACGAUUCAUCUAUUGGAACCGAUUGAGAAGAAGAUUAAUACCAAAUUGACACCUGAAGAAAAGGCUAAAUUUAAACUUGAACCUGGUCUAGGAGGACAAUCAAUGAUAUAUCAGCGUAUUAUAAAGAAGGUAUAUGACGUUGAAAAAGGACUUGAAGUCAUUGAUGCUUUACAUAACAAUCCAUGCACUGCCGUUCCGGUAGUGCUCAAACGACUUCGACAAAAAGAUGAAGAAUGGAAACGAGCAAGGAGAGAAUGGAAUAAAAUAUGGAGAGAGAUUGAUGCCAAAAAUUAUUACAAGUCUCUGGAUCAUCAAGGAAUAACAUUCAAGAAUGAUGAUAAAAAAGCUUUAACACCUAAAUAUUUAGUUGCUGAAAUUGAAAAUCUUCGUCGCGAGCCUUCUGACGAAGGUGAGCCUGCUGAAUAUCAAUUCAAAUUUAUCUUUAAGGAUUUAGAAGUCUUCAAAGAUGUGGCUCGCAUUCUCUUUGGUUAUAUGGAUCGGUCACUAACGGUUGCACCAAGUGAUCGUGAAAAGAUCGAACGUUUUUUUAAGACAUUUGUACCAAGCUUUUUUGAACUUCCACCAAAUAUGUUCGAUGGCUUAAAUCACGAAGAUUCGGCUAUGUUGGUUGAUCAUGAAGAAACUUCGACAAAUAUAUCAACUGACAAUAUUGAUGGAGAGCCUUUAAAUGCGGAACCAAUAAGUGGAAUGUGGAUUCAGGUUUCAAAAGAAUCUCGUGAGAAUAUUCGAGCCGUUGUUGCUAAUGCCGGAAAUGCGAAACAAAAAAAAAAGUCUACCCGUCUCGAAACGAUGAAGGAAAGUGCACAAGAGAUAUCAUCAUCUACGUCUCAAGUUAGGGGACCAAGUGCUGUAGCUACCGAAUUAGGUCUCCUGCCUGAUCGCAUUGACCCGGAUGUUGACAUGGAUUUAAACAAAGGUGACCCAUAUGCAGUUAUGCUAGAAUUAAUUGAAAAACAAUUCGAUGGAGAUAUGGAAUUACCGGUUUUUGAGGAAUGCCUUCGAUAUAUAUAUGGCACAAAAGCAUACAUAAUGUUUACUGUGGAUAAACUUGUCCAAAAUAUGACUAAACAAGAUAAAGAUGAGCGAGCUAUGACAAUAUUGCUGUCGGGGCGUGAUUACACACUGGGCAACGCAGUUUCAUCCGAGGGAAAAUGGGCGUAUUAUAUGUAUAGUUACAUGUCGUUGAACCCUACCGAAGGCGUGUCAGCGAAAACCGAACGACCUUUCCUUAAAAGAAAUUUGCCAUCUGUUGAUGUUUCGGAGCAAAUAAUGUCUAAUGUUUUAACUCGAAAUGGUUUGGAAAUCAAAAUUUGUAUUAAUUCGUAUCACGUUUUCUUCGUUAACAAUACUGAAGAUAGUUUUAGAAGAUUGAAUUCUGCGGUACCAACAUCAAAAUUAAAAGAGGAUACUGCUCAACGUAAAAAAAAUUGGCGACGUUGGAUAGAAUCCAAUAUUAGCGAUCAGAUGGAAAUGUAA